GGACCAUCAGCUCCCAAAGAAAAAAAAAACUGUGGAGGGGGAAAAGCAACCCAAUCCUAGGUCACGCCGCCCAUCCACACGGCACUGAAAUUCCCGGCCCUUCUCGCCUCCCCGCCAGCCGACGACGGCGUCCACCGCGGGCGGCGGCGGCGGCGGUCCGAGAAGAAAUAGCCGCCGUGCAGGCGCAUUACCCGUCCUCAUCCAACCGGGCCCAGCGGAAGGGGAGGAAAAGGCGAAGGCGGGGGGGUAAGUCAACCGACCCUCCUCGCCGCCUGAUCGUUCGCUCCCGCCACCACCGAUGCUGCGGCGCCGGCCAUGGCGUCGGCGCUGCUCUCAUACCUGCAGGCCCUGUGGCCGUUCUCUGCCCUCCUGAGGGAGGAGGACGACCUACGCGCGUCAGCGCGGCUGAUCGGGCCGCUCUCUGUGCCGGAGGAGACGAAGCAGUUCGUGCUCGCGCUCCGGGAGCCUGGCGGGUCGACGCAGGACCCGCACCGGGACGGCGCCGGCGUGAUCUACAUCCUCGCCGCGCAGAACCUGUCGGAGCAGUCCGCCUCGGACGCCGAGCGCCUGAUCAGGGAGGUGCGGCCGAGGGCCGUGGUCACCCAGGUCGCGCGCACGGCCCUCGAAGACGUCCGGAUCGAGGAGGAUUGCCUGGCCGGCAGUGGAAGCGGGGGCGUGCCGGUACCGGCGUCGCCGUUUCAGGUGAUCAAGCGGUGCGUCACGGAGAAGAGGAGCAAGGACCAGUACGUGAAGGCUGCCGCGUGCCAGGUCCUGCAGGAGAUUUUUGGGGUCGGGUUCUAUGGCCAUCUGCUUGCUGCCAAGAGAGCUGCAGAGGAGACGGGUUCGUGUUUUCUAUUGCUUGAGUCUCCGUAUGAGAGGAAUUGUGGUGGGGGUGGAUCGGUCAGCCGGAACAGCACUACAGAUAAUAACUCAGCUCAGCCAUUACAGGCUAGUUGCUCGCUAGCUCACAGCACCAUGGAUGAUGACUCAGGUUUGCAAUUGCAGGCUAACUGCUUGAUCCCCAGGAGUGCCAUGACCUCCCAUGGUAGCAAGAUAUGCCUUAUGGAUGAUAAUGGAGGACAGCUCUUGAAGUCACUGGCACCAACUCUUAAUUUCUUGAUGUCCCAAGCAGUCCCUUCCAAUGCUGCUACUGAGUACAGGCCAUCUGAAUGCAAGCCGGCUGACAGAUAUGAGGCUCCACAGUUUGCUCAGUCUGUCUACCCUUUACUUGCUGAUCUUUAUCAUAUAUUUGUCGAUAUUCCGUCUAUUGGUAAGGCUAUGGCUUCUGCUCAGAAGUUGCUUACUCAAGUUCACGAGGGGGAGCCAAUCAGCAGUGAUAUGCUAUCUGAUGUGUACGUAUUUAGAAUUGCAAUAGAGGCCCUCAGGAUGGGUUUAAACAAUGCAGCAAGGUCCCAUAUUGAUACCAGAGAUAAACAUGGUUCAAAAGAUCUGGAUUUUUCAGAUCUCCAAUCUGAUGAGAAGUGCCACAUUCUUCUUGCGCAAGCUCUCAGGAGUCAACUAAGAGAGUUUGGUUCUGUGGUGGCUAUAGUUGACGCGAGCUGCUUAGCUGGAAUAAGGAGACAUUGGAACACCCCUGUUCCUUCAGAGAUUACUCAAUUAGCUAGCAGAUGCUUCAAUCACUAUGGUGCUGAAAAUGAUGACAAAAUUGAGGUACCUUCAGCAGACAGCACUGAUAAAAAAAGUUGGAUAUCUGAGAAACCUGUGGUUGCUGUUGGUGCAGGAGGUACAGCACUCUUGGGCUUUUCAUCAUUGUCAAAAUCUCUUCAGGCUUCUGCCUUCCUUAAGCUCGCCCCUUACAAAAGUCCAGUGGUUCUAAAGUAUGCAUUGAUGCAGCUACAAAGACAUGCUGCUAUUGUAUUAAGCAAGAUGCUCCCUCACGGGUUUGUUACUGCUGGCUCAAAGGCUUCUGCUUUGCAGUUCACGGCUUCAGCAGAGAAGAUCCGAGCGGUGGCACACACUGUAAUAUCAUCAGCUGAGAGAACAAGCUUACUGGCUAUGCGAACUUCAUUCUACGAAAUAAUGCAGAAGAGGCACAGGCAGCCUUUCAGAAUAACUCCUUGGGCAACAUUUGGCUGCAGCAUGGUUGCAUGUGCUGGCCUUGUGAUGCAUGGAGAUGGGAUCGAGUGUGCAGCCGAGGCAGCACCUUCUGUUCCCAUGAUUGCUUCUCUGGGCCGUGGCCUUGAGAGCUUACGUCUCACAUCCCAGGAGGUGAGACAAACAAAGGGCCAAAAUGUGAAAGAAGCUUUGCGAGCAUUAAUGAACAGCUUGAAGAAAUCAGCAAAAUAAAGGGCCAACAGUUCACAACUGGAGCUGUAUGGAUUUUUGUCUUGUGAUUUGGGGGCAAGACUAAAAUUAUCAUGAGCUGUGAAGUGCACUUUUCUGUUUGCCAAGAUAGUGAAAUUAUGUGAUUGUGCUUUGUGGGCGUGGCUAGCUUGAGCUUAGGGAGCACUUGAGUGAGAUGAGUGUGUUUUUUUAUUGACUUUCUGUACAUACAUACAAGAUAUAAUGUUCUUAUUGGUAUGAAAAAUAAUUCAAUAAGAUUUCAAUGACCUAUGGCAAA